AUGGGCGGUGAAAUGGUCUAUAUAUUAGAACAACGUUUAUCAGCUCAAGAAAUUGUUGAUCAAAAAGCAACUAAAGUCAUUAAUGAUAUUGUUGGUGCAAUGUUUAAUGGAAAAUUUAUUGAAGAAUUAUUUCGACCCCAAGAACUUUAUCCAAAACGAGCUGUUAAACAUAUUUUUGAAAAAGUUGCUCAUUCAAGCAUUAUGAGAUUAAAUGAAGCAAGCAUGGAUAAGUUAUAUGAUCUUAUGACAAUGUCAGUUAAAUUUCAAAUGAUGCUUUGCCCAUGUGCAUCUGAUAUUAUUAAAGUAACAUAUAAUCAUGUCAGUUCAAUGCGAAAAUUAGUCCGUAGUCCAGCAGUACUUGAUCUGUUAGACAAAGCUUUUAUUGCAUUUAAUAAGCAAUAUGAACGAUUGAAUGAUACUGAAUGGUUACUUAUUCGUGACACAAUUCUUUUCUUCUUUCAAGAUGUUCAUAUACGAGUAUCGAUUUUCUUAAGAGAAAAUUUACAAACUCAACAAGGUCAAUUUAUUAUGACAACAAAUGGAAAUGUUCCAACUGGUUUUCAACCACCUGGUGAAAUUCGAACAUACAAACGAGGUCGUCUAAAUAGUACACAUACAUUCGAUGCAGGUGAACGUCAUGAACCAUCAGACAAUAAUCGUACUUUUCAUUUGGGUUUAAAUAUCUAUUCGAAAAGUAAAAAUGCAAAUACAAAUAUAUUAAACGAGACUACUACUGUUGUUCAUCAACCACCAACUAUGGUUAAUGCUGCAUCAGAUAUAGAUAUGAUUAAUCCUGAUCCAAAAAUGAUUGCUCAAUUGAAUUUACUUUCUGAUCUUAUUGGUAAUAAUACAAGUGGUAAUGCAUCACGAUCUGGUCUAGUCAAAUUAUCAUUAUUCGAUGAUGAUGACGAUGAAGAUGAUAAUAGUAAUCAAAAUCAAACACGUUCUCAAACAUCAUCAAGAGAUCAUCGACCAAAAAAUGAGGAUGUUACUAUUGACGUGUCAAAUCGAAAUCGAAAUUCUCGAUUAUCCCAUGUUUUACAUGAUUUAGAUUUUGAUGAAAAUCCAUCGGGCCGAGGAAGAAAUGAUGAUGAAGAAGAUGAAGAUGAUUUAUGUUCAAUGAUGGAUAGAUUACCUAAUAAUAGCAAUAAACGACGUUGA